CUUCAAGGGACUCUCUCUCUCUCUCUCUCUCUCUCUCUCUCUCUCCGACCGACACUUGAUCUAUCUGAAUAACAACAUAUUGUAUUCUAUUCCGAACUUGAAUCUUUUGGCUAAACCAGGAGAGAUUGUGUGAGUAAAAUAUGGUUGCACCUUUAUCAGCAUGGCCUUGGGAGAACUUGGGCCCCUUCAAGUAUUUGCUCUAUGGGCCUUUUCUAGCAAAAGUGUUGUAUUCAAGAAUUCAGGAUGAGAACAUAGAGGAGAGCUGGUGCCUUCAUAUUCUGAUUAUCUGUGCACUUAGGGCUUCCAUUUAUCAAUACUGGACUUCUUGGAGCAACAUGCUCUUCCUCACCCGAAAUCGCCGGAUUUUGCCGCAGGGAGUGGAUUUCAAGCAGAUUGACAAAGAAUGGGACUGGGACAACUUCUUGAUUCUCCAAGCCCUACUGGCAUCCAUGGCCUUGUACAUUUUCCCAUCACUUUCCAGUCUUCCUGUGUGGAAUUCAAGUGGAUUUGUCGCAGUAAUAUUACUUCACGUGGGUGUCUCAGAGCCCUUUUACUACUGGAUUCAUAAAUGUUUCCAUGGAAAUAACUAUCUUCUCACCCAUUACCAUUCACUCCACCAUUCCUCAACAGUCCCCCAGGCUUUUACUGCUGGCAAUGCAACAUUUUUGGAGCAUCUAAUUCUGAGUGCACUGAUUGGGUUACCACUGAUGGGGACUUAUCUGCUUGGAUGUGGAUCAAUAACCACUGUCUAUGGCUAUCUGUUGAUCUUUGAUUUUCUUAGGUGUUUGGGACACUGCAAUGUGGAAAUUGUUCCCCAUCAGUGGUUCGAAACGCUUCCUCUGCUCAAGUAUCUGCUAUAUACCCCAACGUACCACAGCCUCCAUCACACAGAGAUGGGGACCAAUUUUUGCCUUUUUAUGCCCCUGUUUGAUGCCUUGGGCAAUACCAUGAACGCCAAGUCAUGGGAGCUACAUAAGAAAAUAAGUUCCAAUUCAGGAACGAAUAACAGGGUCCCAGACUUUGUGUUCUUGGCCCACGUGGUGGACGUAAUGUCGGCCCUGCACAGCCCGUUCGUCCUCCGAUCAUUCGGGUCGACGCCGUUCGCAACCAGGCUGUUCUUGCUCCCGAUGUGGCCCUUUGCUUUCGGAGUGAUGCUAGUCAUGUGGGCAAGGUCUAAGACCUUCUUGUUCUCUUUCUAUAACCUCAGAGGCCGCUUGCACCAGACUUGGGUCGUCCCUCGCUUUGGUUUUCAGUAUUUCUUGCCAUUUGCCACACAGGGCAUCAACAAGCACAUUGAGGAGGCUAUUCUUAGAGCUGAUAGAUUGGGCGUCAAAGUCCUCAGCCUUGCUGCUUUAAACAAGAAUGAAGCACUCAAUGGAGGUGGAACUCUCUUUGUGAACAAGCAUCCAAACCUGAAAGUUCGAGUCGUCCAUGGGAACACAUUGACUGCGGCAGUUAUCCUUAACGAAAUCCCUGAGGAAGUCAAGGAGGUUUUCUUAUCAGGAGCAACCUCAAAGCUUGGAAGAGCUAUUGCCCUUUACCUCUGCAGGAAAAGAGUUCGAGUCCUCAUGUUAACUCUUUCAACUGAGAGGUUUCAAAAGGUACAGAAAGAAGCCCCAACAGAGUUUCAAAAGUACCUUGUCCAAGUGACCAAGUAUCAAGCAGCCCAAAACUGCAAGGCAUGGAUAGUUGGCAAGUGGAUAACACCAAGAGAGCAAAGCUGGGCUCCAUCUGGGACCCAUUUUCACCAGUUUGUGGUCCCACCAAUAUUGGCCUUCAGAAGAGACUGCACAUAUGGUGAUCUUGCAGCCAUGAGGUUACCCGAUGAUGUGGAAGGGCUUGGAUCUUGUGAGUACACAAUGGAGAGAGGGGUAGUCCAUGCAUGCCAUGCAGGUGGUGUGGUUCAUCGGCUAGAGGGUUGGACUCACCAUGAAGUUGGUGCGAUCGACGUCGACCGGAUCGAUUUAGUGUGGAAAGCUGCCCUAAAGCAUGGUCUAAAGCCAGUGAAAUUAAGCACCAAAAAAGAAAAGGAAAAGUAGAAGAAGAAGAAGAAGAAGAAG